CGAGUCCUGUACCACUGCAGACUCCGUCGACUCAAGGAGGAAACGAGAUUAGCAUCACUAGGCUAUCAAAUAAACAGCACUCUUACCUUUUCAAUACAGGGAUGGUUACCCGUUACCCGUCUCUUAAACUGUGUGAAAAGUCACACUUUCCUCCUAACUCAGCCUCUGCCCACUUCAUAUGUUAGCACUUUUUGCUGACAGAGAACACAACUACGACAAAACAACCAACAAAUAUUGGUCACAACUCCUGCAGUUCUGUCGCACACUGUGUCUGUACAUAGUCAAUGGUAGGCUUCGAGGCGACUGCUACGCUCCACACUAAGAGUCCAGAGACUGAAGAGAUAAUCACACAGGAAAGGAUCCUUCCAAAACAUACACAGGGAUCUGAUCUGGAGAGAGUGUGUGUGUGAAGAGGGCGUGUGGUGUGUGUUCUUAACCCCCUCCACCCCUCCACUCCUUACCCACAAUCCCGUUCUCCAACCUCCCCUGGGGCUUUACCCCCUGACCCCUAACCCCUGACCCCCAGCCAUGAUGUCGGGGAAGGGGAAGGCUAGCCCACGUCACCGGCCAUGGUCUGUGUACCGGGCUAACACCUUUGACCUCUCGGCUGAGAUGAUGGGGCUGACUCUGGCAGGUAACAGUCAGGACCCAGAUGAGCCAGUGCUGGAGUUCAGUCUGGCCUGCAGUGAGCUGAUCACCCCAGCAUUGGACCAUAAACCGACCAGCUUUGUUGCGGUCAGCUGUACCACUCCUCCCCAGGCCUUCUGGACCAAACAUGCUCAGACAGAGAUCAUAGAGGGUACUAGUAAUCCUAUCUAUCUGAGCAGUAUAGCGUUCUUCCAGGACUCUCUGAUCAGUCAGCAGACGCAGGUCAAGCUAUCUGUGUACGACGUCAAGGACCGCUCCCAAGGCACGAUGUACCUGAUGGGGUCAGCCAUGUUCCCUGUGAAGGAGCUGCUGCAGGACAAACACCACAGACUACACCUAACCCUCAGGUCAGCGGAGAGCGAGCGCAUCGGCAACAUCACCAUCAUCGCCUGGCAGAUAGAGGAGAGGAGGGAGCAGAGAGUCCCUGUCGCCCGGCAGGACACCAUCAAUGGCAGGAUGGUACUUCCAGUGGAUGACAGCCUGACUGAGUCCGUGAACAUCAGGGCCAAGUCUGCGUCUCUGUGCAAAGACACACUGCUGAAGGCUGUGUUUGGGGGCACCAUGUCUCGUAUGUACCGUUUCCCCACCACGGACGGGAACCACCUGCGUAUCCUGGAGCAGAUGGCUGAGAGUGUCCUCUCUCUACACAUCCCUCGACAGUUUGUCAAACUACUGCUGGAGGAGGACGCUGUCAGGGUGUGUGAAUUGGAGGAGUUGGGGGAGUUGUCUCCAUGUUGGGAGAACCUGAGGAGGGAGAUUAUUGCUCAGUACCAGACCAUCAUCCUCACCUACCAGGAGACCAUCGGCGACCUACACGAAUAUAAAGGUCCCUCCUUUAAAUCCAGUACUCUGAAAGCAGAGAAGAAGCUGGAGUUUAUCCCCACUAACCUACACGUCCAGAGGAUGAGAGUACAAGGAGAGUCUGGCUAUGACAGGACCUAUGACAUAGUGACUAUAGGAGCGCCAGCAGCCCACCACCAAGGCUUUAAGCACUGUGGUCUCCGGAAACUCAUCCACAAGUUUGAGGAGGCUAGGAAACAUGCAUAUGAGGAGGAAUGCAGUGCUGGGUCUGGCUCUAAGCUGGUGGCCUACCUGCCUCAGGACGUGGUGAGAGCGAAGGAGCUGAUUGGUCAGAUCAACACCUUGAAGACCCAGGUGUGCUACUACAUCGAACGUUUGUCCCGCGCUGCCAAGGAACGCUCAGCUAACGCUCUGGAGAGAACCCUCACCAUUCUCUCUGAGAAGACUCGUCAGUUGGUGACAGUGUGUGACUCUAAGCUGCUGUCCUCUGCCAUCCUGGCCCUCUCUGCCGCCCGUCCAGAAUACAUUUCCCAGAAGGGCACUCCCUCCCCCUCCUCCCUCACUCCUUCUCCCUCUCCAUCCCGCUCCCCCUCUCGCCACGCUACCUCCCCCUCUCGCCAAUCCACCUCCCCCUCUCGCCACUCCAUCUCCCCUCGCCACUCCGUAUACCAGGAAGGAGAGGGGGGGAGAGGCAAGCGCUCCUCCCUACAGGCUGACUGGCACGAGGAGAACUGGGAGAAGGUAUGGUUGAAUGUGGAUAAGAGUCUGGACUGUGUGAUCCAGAGGGUGGACAGACUGCUGGCCAAAGACAGACUGCAGAGUGACAGUAGCAGUGAGGAUGUGUUCCUGGAUGCUCAGCAGCAGACCAAUGCCACUACUAAGAAAGGUAUCCAUGGAAACAGAGAAGCCUUCUGGAUACACCCAGAAUCUUCAUCCCCUGCUCUUCCUCCAUCAUCAUCAUCAUCAUCCUCAUUGUCAUCAUUCCCUUAUCUGACCAUCACAUUUCAGUCAAACCAUGAAAGACAACAGCACUACAGCAGCCCAGAAGUAGAAAAGGAAAAGCCCUCCCCAGGUGAAUGGAGUGAGGCCUUGUACCCCCUCCUGACUACCCUGUCAGAGUGUGUGUCUCUGAUGAGUGACAAGGCUAAGAAGUCCAUGGUGUUCCUCCUAAUGCAGGACAGUGCUCCCACCAUCGCCAUGAGCCUCACGCUACAGUACAGAAGAGAUGUGGUCUUCUGCCAGACGCUGUCAGCUCUGAUCAGUGGCUUCAUCAUCAAGCUGAGGAACUGUCUCCACGACGAUGGCUUCCUCAGGCAGCUACACAUCAUCGGCCUGCUAGUCCAGUAUGAGGGCCUUCUCAGCACCUACGGGGAGGAGCUGGCCAUGUUGGAGGACAUGAGUGUUGGCGUGAUGGACCUGCGAAAUGUCACCUUUAAGGUUACCCAGGCAACCUCGGUCUUCGGCCCAGAUAUGCUGCCUGUCAUCACCGGGAACCGGGACGGCUUCAACGUCAGGGUUCCGUUACCAGCGGCGAUGUUUGAUGCGUUGCCACGGGAGAUCCAAAACGGGAUGCUGCUGCGGGUUCAGCCUGUUCUCUUCAAUGUGGGAAUCAAUGAACAGCAGACACUGGCCGAGAAGUUUGGAGACACAUCUCUCCAGGAGGUGAUUAACAUGGAGAAUGUGGCUCGUCUCAGCUCCUACUAUGACCAGUUUAAAGAGGUCCUACCUGAGGAAUGCCUCCCUUGUACCCGUAGUCAGACCAGCCUGCCUGAGCUGCUAAAGCUGCUGAGUCAGAACAUCAACGCCAGGAAGAGCAAGAACGUAGAGAUCCUGUGGCAGGCGGCAGAGGCGUGUCGACGUCUGAACGGAGUGCGUUUUACCAGCUGUAAGAGUGCUAAGGACCGUACAGCCAUGUCUCUAACCCUAGAGCAGUGUCUCAUCCUCCAGCAGGAGCACGCCCUGGCCCCACAGGUCUUCUCCCAGGCCCUUGACUGUAUGCGCAGUGAGGGCUGCAGACGAGAGAACACCAUGAAGAAUGUAGGAUGUCGUAAAUACGCCUUCAACUCCCUCCAGCUGAAGGCCUUUCCCAAACUGUACCGCCCACCUGAGGGCACCUAUGGGAAAGUAGAGACCUGAAUGGACAAACCAGCUGCCCAUCUCUCAAAGUAGCCAAUAGAAGGGGAAAGGGACUAAACAACGUCAACAACAACAUAAAAGCAAAACAACAUCACAAAAGCAACUGCCCCCUUUAUAUAGUGCUGCAUCCUUGUUGAUGAUUUCAUGUUAUCUGUGGUAGAUUGUUUGAUAGCAGUUCACUCUCUUUUGCGAUUAGAAUCGCUCCAUUAUGUCAUGACAACCACUACACGCACACAACAACAACAAUAACAAUAACUUAAGAACAACUUUUCAAAUCCAUUGUCACAUAUUGUUUUGGACCUAAUUGUAGAGUUGUACUUGUUUUAGUUUUAUUUAGAAAGGGAGGGAAAGGGGGAUACCUAGUCAGUUGCACAACUGAAUGCAUUCAACUGAAACGUGAGCUCUUAUCAUAAGGCCUGUGUUCUAACCACUGUCUCUCAUGGAACUUUAAAAAUAAAAUUCAAAUCAAGUACAUUUAAAGAGAACAAAACCUUUGUAUGCAGAGAAUCAAUGUCUUACUUGCUCACACACUCCACUCCUACAACAAGCACAGUGAACUGAUGAUAUACAGAGAUCAGACAUAGACAUACUUGUAUCUCUGAUGUAUGAAGACUAUCCCAUCUAAUGUUAUUUUGUUAUCCUUUUUCUAUUUGGUAAUACAUCUACUGGACAGGGUUUGUGCAAAGUAGAGGGCCAGUAUCCUGUGUUUUAGUUUUACAGCAAAGAUAUUGUGUAAGCAAGGCUUGGUAGUCUACUGAGAGGCAUAGACAGUUACAGUGGUCAAGGUUAAUCUUUCACUUGCCACUACAAGUUUAAAGUUUUACAUUUUGUCAUUGAGUGCAUGGUACAAUGCUCCACUAUAUAAGAUGCAAGCAUGGAUAGAGUUCACACACAGCAAACUUAAUCCAAAAACAACACAAAUAAAUGAUGUGCCCACAUGCGUGUAGAUUUUAUUAAACUGAAAAGGAAUAUAGGAUCCAAAUCUUGCACUCCCCCCCAACCCCUCUCUGUUCAUGAAGUUGUUUAUAUACAGGUCCAGGUUCUAGAUGAUAGGCAUAUUUACUUUACAUCAGACUAUAGACUGAGCCAAACUAGAAUAUUAGCUUAGAGUAAGGAACAGUGUCAUAAGAAAGUUCCUCCUCUUACUGUAUGUCUGCAGCUAUUCUCUGUGAGUUCAUCUCAUCUCUUAUUAAAAGAGCUCCUGGUUGAUUUCACGACAGGACCAAAACACAACACUGGCUUAUUAAUUGUAAAACCAAUGGAGCGAAAAGGAAGUGUCUUACUUUUGAAUGCAUGUAGAUAGAGAAUCCUCACAUUAUCAUUGUACUUUUGGAAAUAAGGGACUUGUACACUGAAUAGAAGCCUGUUUAAAAUGGACAGUGUUUUGCGUUAAAUUGUACUGUGAACCUUUCACUGGCUUCUGUUUCCAUGUUUACCUAUAGAUUUUAUUGUACAUUACAGAGACAUUUAAAACAUUUGUUUAAACCUUAUUCUGCUAAAUAUUCUUGAUGCUGAUGCACUGAAAAUUGCUGAAAAACGUUGCCAAAAUGCUGCCAGAGUUUUAUCCAUUUAAUUUUACAUGUAGUUUAUUUGUCUUUGUAUGUAAUGAACGUUAUUGAACCGCACACUUUCAGGUAGGAACAUCUGUAUAGGUAUAGGCUUUGCUGUAAAAUGUGCUUUCAUAAACUCUCCUCUGUAACUUGAGCUAUUAAAAUGAGAGCAUUAAACUGUUUCACCAUAUUCUGUGUGACAUUUUAAAGUA